UUAGACUUAGAGUGGUUGGAUUCUCCUACUGUCAACAAGAUCUCAGCCAAAAAUGUAUGUAACCCUUGAUGGAAAUAAUUGUUGAAACAAUGCCACAACGAAUGCAGAGCGAAAGCUGAAGGCUAUCCAGCAAAAGCAGGUGCAACUGUUUUUGGCCAGGCAGUGUAUAAGCUGGUUAUUUAGGGGUUGAGAAUGUAUAUGAUACAACCAGAAAUUAUGAGAAGUUCUUUCUCAUCUGUUUUUAAUGCACAGCUUCCAAUAACCUUUUUUCUUUUGUCUGUGAUAUCCCACAGAAAUUGACAAGGACAGAGGAGGAAGGAAGUGUCACUGACUCUUCCAACUAUCGUGGGAAACUCCCAAAUAUAGAAUACAGGGGAAAGACAAGUGCUCCCAUCAUCAUUCUUCUUCCAAACCAUUCUUCCCCUCUCAAGCCCUUAAAAGAAACUCUCAGUUCUCUUUCCUGCUCAUAUCAUCCACUUGCUCUCUGCACUAGGUGCAAGUGUGUGGCUCUCAGAUGUCCGGGUCUCCGCCCUUCCCUUCACCCUCGCCCUUUCCCUCAUGUGACUACAGAGAAUGGUCUGCAACCUGGGUGCUGAUUCCGAGCGUGUACCUCCUGGCGUUUGUCGUGGGCUCCCUGGGUAAUGGCUUGGUGCUAUGGGUGUACAUGGACCGCCGAGCGAGAGGCCGCGGGAGGAUUGGAAGCGGUUCCAAAUCUUCCCAGACCACCGAUCCCCCUCCUUAUCCCUCCCCUACAUCUUCUCGUACAGUAACCGAGUCUUUAAUAGCCAGUCUAGCAUUGGCUGACCUGGCCUUCGUCAUGACCCUGCCAUUGUGGGCGGCAUACACAGCGCUGGGCUACCACUGGCCCUUUGGCCAUGUUCUGUGUCAGGUGAGCAGUUACAUUGUGGCACUGAACAUGUAUGCGAGUGUGUUUUCUCUGACUGGGCUCAGCGUGGAGCGUUACUGCGUCAUCACACAAAAGUGUGGCAGCAGCUCAAAGCAGGGACGGUCAACCACUUGCGCCAAGUGGAUUGUGGGUAGCGUGUGGCUGGCGGCUGGAAUCCUGGCACUUCCUGCUCUGCUUCUGCGGACUGUUAGGGAGGUGGAUUUGGAAGAGGGAGAUGAUGGCGAUGGGCAGGACGGACAUGUGUCCUCCUGCUUAUGUGACAUGGACUACUCCAACUUGAUCUCAAGUGAGCUGGACCCAGCAGCUUCGGAACAGGCGGAGCUGAUGUGGUCAGCAGCUUUGGGGUUAAAAUCAACUCUGCUUGGCUUCCUGUUACCUCUUGUAGUGCUCCUGCUCUGCUAUGGCUGGCUAGGGCGGCUUCUUUCCCGACACUUCAGCCUAGGCCCGCGUCCUGAUCAUACGCGCCAACGCAGGCUCCUCCGGAUCAUCAUCACCCUUGUGCUGGCCUUCUUCCUCUGCUGGCUUCCCUUCCACACCAAUAAGACACUAUCCGCUAUGGUGGAACUGGGCAUUCUUCCCUUUUCCUGCAGUUUCGACCAGUGGUUGGUGGCGGCCCAUCCAUACUCCAUCUGUCUGGGCUAUGUGAACAGCUGUUUAAACCCUCUGCUGUAUGCUUGCUGUGAUCCAGCUUUCCGGAAGCACUACAGUGGUCUGCUUGUGUGCGUAUGGGUCAAAUGCAGAGGUCAGAAGGGGGGAGAGGAGAAUGAACACCACAAAAGUUCACCAAUACCAUCUGGGACACAUGAAGUGACAGUUAGUAAAGAAGAGCAAUGAAGAGAGAUUUAUUUGGCAGACUCUGUGACAGCUGAACUGUUUCUGUGGAAAAUUCUUAAGAGGACUGUGAGAAUCAGAUUAUUCUUUCCAUUCAUCUGAGAUUUAGCAUGAACUUCACCUCCUCAAGAAAACAAGAUGCCAACAUAGUGUGGGAACUGAUAAACAGACAGGAUCCAGUGAAUGUUUUCCCAUGACAUUAUGCCUGAAGAGUAAAGAUGAGCUUUCAAGUUCUAGAUGAAAUAGAGCUGCAUCUCCCAACAUUAUGAUGCAAUUCUGACUGUUUGCGCAGUGUGGGUAUGUUGUUGAAUUAUGAACCGGUUAAGUAUGAUAUCAGGCCUUAUGUGCAAUCUUUUUUUUUUUUAUAUACAUGUAACCAAACUUUGAGAGCCUGUUUAGCCCUAUCAGUGAUUUCAGGAUCAGCAGACAUGUAUUUUUGUAUUUAUGAAUGUACAUUUAUAAAAUAAAAUUAGAAAAAAAAGUUGAAAAGUUCUUCAAACCCAACAACGUACAGUAGAUUGAUUCCUACAAAAGGUUUAAACCAAGCGGCAACCUUCCGGUCUCUCUCGUGAAACCAGGGCCAGCGCGUGCAUAUAGGCGAACUAGGCAGCCGACUAGGGCGGCAGCACAGUCAGGGCAGCAAAAAGGACAGAGAUUUUAGUUUAUCUUUUGGGCAUUCUUUGGAAUUAUUGCACUCAUAUCAACAAGUUAUCACCCCUUAGUUAUUCUAACUCUAAAUUAACUUAGCUUCAUACAUAGUAACGCCGCUGCCGCGCUGUGCCCCACCUGAGCGGCGUCAAUAUCACAUGCAAACCACCCUCAUGUACUUCCAUAAAUGUCAUCAAAAUGAAUAAAACU